AUGUUGCGCCGAAAGCCUACUGCGAUCACAGUCACAUCGGAGGACAUCGCCGCUUUUGAAGAGGCGAGGCUUCGCCAAUUAGAGGAGAAUAAACACCCCGAGCAAGGGAAAGGAAACAACUCCAACUCCAACAAAUAUGAUCCGAAUGAUGAGUUGAAGCCUCUUCCAGGUGAUAAGGCCCGAAUUGUUCGAUCCCGUGAAGAAAGAAUUGGCAUUGGCCGACAAGGUUGA